UCUAAAUGUGUAUCUGUCGUUUAUCCUAAGGUUAACGUCUAUGCUGUUUAACUGGAUCUUAACUUAUGCAUUGCCACAGUAGCAGUGUGCUGGAGUUCUCCCAUUGUGCCCAGUAAGAGUUCUCCUGGUUCCUGCUGAUCUGCUCCUACAGGGACAGCUUCCAUCCUUCAUCUAAUAAAAUCUGUUUGUGUUGACAGUAAUGAACAUUUCUCAGGUGUCAUAUUUCCUACUAAGUGCCUACAUUGAUAUUGGCCUGUUUAAGUACUUGGUUUUCCUUUUCCUCAUGUGUGUUUAUAUCGUCAUCAUAUCUUCUAACGUGCUGCUGAUCGUGGUGAUCUGUGUGAAUAAGAGCUUACAUGAACCUAUGUACAUGUUUCUGUGCAGCCUGUUUGUGAAUGAACUGUACGGCAGCACAUCGCUGUUCCCCUUCCUGCUGGUCCAGAUCCUCUCUGAUGUUCACACUGUUUCUGUUCCUCUCUGCUUCCUGCAGAUCUUCUGCCUCUUCACGUAUGGAAAUGUGGAGUUUUACAACUUGGCUGCCAUGUCUUAUGACAGAUAUCUGGCCAUCUGUCAUCCUCUGCAUUACAACACACGGAUGCAGAUGAACACAGUUAUCAGGCUGGUUGUGUUAUCAUGGUUUCUCGCUCUGCUGAGCAUAAUUGUGGUGAUUUCCCUGAAUGCAUCCUCUAGGUUGUGCGGGAACAUCAUCGACAGAGUUGUCUGCGCCAGCUAUUAUGUUGCAGUGUUGUCCUGCAGCAGUGCAACAGCCAGCAACAUCUAUGGACUGGUCUACACUUUCUCUGUACCUGUCAUCCUCGCUGCGCUCAUCCUCUACACGUAUGUGAAGAUACUGCAGGUGUGUUUUUCUGGAUCCAAGGAGACCCGGCAGAAAGCCAUCAGCACCUGCACACCCCACCUGGUCUCCCUGCUGAACUUCUCUUUUGGCUCUUUCUUUGCUGUUUUACAGAGCAGGUUCGACAUGAGCAGAGUUCCCAACAUCCUUCGUAUUAUUUUAUCGUUAUACUUUGUUACAUGUCAGCCACUUUUGAACCCUCUGUUGUAUGGACUCAAGCUGAACAAGAUCCAAAUCAUAUGCAGAAGUCUUUUCUUUAAUAAAAAAUGA